CCGCCGGCGCCGGAGAUGCAGGCGACGGCCGCAUCCUUCCUCGCCCGCCCGCUCCCGCGGCCCAAUCGCAUUGGCAGGGGAAGAUAUGGGGCGGUGGCGGUGCGCGGAGGCGUCUCAGCGCUGCCGCCGCGCCUGCGGGUGGUGCGGUGCUCUAUGAGCCUCUCUAUCGGCGCCGGUUCGAGCGACGCCGGAGACAGCGGGUUCAGCUACCAGUAUGCUCCUGUCUUCCGAAGGUACCGUGAGCGGGAUCCCUACAAGCUUCUUGGUGUUGAUCGUGAUGCAUCUGAAGAAGAGAUCAGGAGUGCAAAAAACUUUCUAAUUCAACAGUAUGCUGGGCACGAAGCAAGCGAAGAAGCUAUUGAAGGUGCUUAUGAGAAGAUAAUAAUGAAGAGCUACCAGCAUCGGAAGAAAACAAAAAUUAAUCUUAAGACCAAGCUAUUGAAGCGAGUCGAAGAAUCCCCGUCAUGGGUUAAGGCUUUGCUUGGAUACUUUGAAGUGCCAUCAAUGGAUAUUAUUUCCAAAAGAUUGUUCUUUUUUGCCUUCAUCGCCGGAUGGAGCAUAGCGACUUCUGCUGAGAAUGGACCUGCAUUCCAGCUUGCGAUAUCUCUCUUUUCGUGCAUAUACUUCCUUAAUGACAAGAUGAAGAACCUUCUCAGAGCCUCCACCACUGGGUUCGGAGUACUUGUCGGUGGCUGGAUCAUUGGUUCAAUGUUGGUCCCUCUUAUUCCAACAUUUAUCAUCCCACCUACAUGGUCCCUUGAGCUUCUUACCUCGUUGGUUGCAUAUGUUUUCUUGUUCCUGGGGUCCACUUACCUCAAAUGAAACCCCGCCAAUCUUGUAACCUGGAACUGUAGAAUCGUUGGGAAAUUUUGGCAGUCUCUGAUAUCA